UUGCCACGAAAACAAGCCUAGAGACGGCUUAAAAUGUUAGUGAUGACUUUGUUAAGUUUUGGCCACUAAUGGUGGAUCAAGGACAUGUUAAUUGAUGACUUAAAAGUUGUUCUCGAGCGUGUUUUGGCGCAAUGCAAUAGCAACAGUGUUGUAAUCAUAUCAGAUUCAUGAAUAGGCAGGCGAUUAUGCAAAUUGUGCUACGUCACGGCACGCCCUGGGAACGAGACCAAACUUUUAUAAAUGAAGAACAAAAAAGAAUAAAUAAAGUAGAGGAUAUACAAAACUCCAUGACAAUUUUUACAUAGGGACGUAGCUAUUAAUACUGGCUAAUACCAUCUACCUAGAAAUCAGAAUCGACUAUUUUUUUUUGCAAUUUCUUGGGUUGCCUGUGGUGAUCUUGGCAAACCGGAAGUAACGAUACACUUCUGUAGCUGACCUCUGCCAUCGAGGGCUCACAUUUUCGCGGUAGAUAACAAAUAAACGAAAUGGACGACCUGUCUCCGGAUAUAAACCGGCCUUUGGAUCUGAAACAGUGUAGCGAAGGUUGGAAAUCCCAGAAAGAGUACAGUUACUGGGUGCCAGGAGCAGAUAUCGUAGGUCGAAUCCCUGAUGAUCUGUUUGGAACAUUCUUCAGAAAUGGACCCGGUGUUAACGAGGUCUACGGGAUAAAGCUCAAACAUCCCAUUGAUGGUGAUGGUAUGGUUUGUGCUGUUACAUUUCAAAAUGGGAGGGUACAUUUCAAGUCCAAGUUUGUUGAGUCCAAGCAUCACCGUGAAGAAAGAGAGCAAAGAAAGUUAUUGUAUGUUGGACAAAUGGGGACUAAAUCAACCAGCAUACUAAGAAGCAGUGCAUCUCUGCUCACAAGCUUUCUACAGGGAAAAUUUCCUCGCAUCAAAUUCAGGAACCCCUCAAACACAAACUCCUUUUACUGGGGAGGCAAGCUGAUCACCUGCUAUGAGACUGGAAUACCACACUGUUUGGAUCCAUAUUCCCUUGAAACACUUGGUCCAGAUGAUCUGAAUGGAGCAUUAGAGCUCAAAGCACUGGCUGCACACUUCAGAAUUGAUGCUGAAAAAGAGCGCAUUGUUUGCAUCAGUGUUCGACCUGGGUUUAGGAGAGCACCAUGCCUGGGGAUUUACGAGUUUGACAGGAGGUGGAGAUUGUGCCAGAAGCAACUUCAUCACAUUGAAGGAUUGAAUUACAGUCAUGACUUUAUCUUGUUGCCCGAUUAUUAUGUAUUCCACAUGACACCCUUCGUCACAACUUCCAUGCUACUGACGGUCAAGAUUUUAUCUGGUUGGAGCUCUCCUGGUGAAGAAAUGAAAUACUUCCCUGGACUUCCUUCACGGUUUGUCAUCAUCCCAAGGACCCAGAGUAGAUUAAAGUCACAGGGUAUCAUCCAAGUUGACACUGAUCCAUGUCAUAUUUUUCACUUUGGUACUGCCAGCCAAGAUGGUGACAAGAUAAAGUUCUGUGCAGUUUGCCUUGACACCAAGUUCAACAUGAGUUUUGACAAUGAAGUCUGGCUGAGUAACACAUCUGUGUCCCCUGGCCGUAUGUACAACUUCACCAUCGACCUGCCCGGUAAAACGUGCACACGAGUCCAGGCAGACACUGCGAGCUGUGAGUUCCCCUUCUCUCAUCCUUACAGGCAUGGCAUGCCAGGAACACGCUAUAACUAUCUGAUGGCCAGUGCCCGUCCUGGGUACAAUCUACCAUACCGAGACAUAGUUAAGUUUGAUGCUGCUGGAAAUGGCCGCCAGGUGUGGUACUCACAUGGGUGUAUUGGUGAGCCAGUGUUUGCCCCACGGCACGGCUACGAGUCUUGUAAGAUAGGGGACGAGGAUGAUGGUUAUGUUAUUGUUCAACUCUAUGUACCAGAAAAAAAGCUGACUGAAUUUUGUGUGCUAGAUGCCAAAGACCUCAGCAAAGGGCCUUUGGCACGUAUAAAACUGAAGCACCAUAUUCCAUAUGGGUUUCAUGGAACAUUUACACCUGAAGUGUUUGUGAUGCCACCUGUUCUAAAAGCAAAGCUGUAAGGGUCAGGUUAACUAAACAUUAUUUUUUAACAGCACAUAUUUUAUUGGGGUCAACAGAAAGUUCACAUCUGACCUUUAGAGUCUUCAGGGCAUGUCAUGUUUGCAAAAUUGUAAUUUUAUCUGUUCUUGUGUGAAUUAAUUUAUUCUAUAUAAUUUAACACAGUAAAGAUAUAUUUUAAAAAGGUUAAAUGACAAGAGCAUGUUUUUAAAUAAAUUUAAGUAAAUAUUAUACUGUAUGAUUGUUCGAGAAAAGGAAUAUUUGUAAUGGUUUAUAAAUUAGGACUUUAGUUAUUUAUUUGUUUGUGUUUUUAAAUUAUGUAUAGAAUGCUAACUGACAAGAAUAAAUCUUAACAUUGUUUGGUGUAA